CAUGUGCCCCAACGGGGAAUCAAACUUGCAACCCUUUGCUGAACAGAAUGACACCCAACUGCUCCUGUUCAAAAACCAACUUACCCACACGAGCCCGGGCUUAUUUGCCUUAUUUGCACUUUUAAUGAAAAAAAGAGGGGCUGUGUCAUCGUGAGGCCCUCAUCUGCAAGUAUGAGGACUGUAGAAAUAUUACUUCUACUCAAAACCCAGAAGAAGCUUUUUCAACCUUAUGGUUUCAAUCUGACUGAUCCUUAUUGUCGACUUUUGGAAAACCAAUAUAAUAGUCUCCAUGAUCCACAUUUAAGAGCAUACCAUUCACGCAAAGAUAUCCAGAAGAGAUUAAAGGAAGGAGGCUACACCACCAGCAUUAACGAAGUUGCAUGUAACUUGAGAGAAUUUAAUAGGUACAGGCCAUAUCUUAACAAGUCUAAAGUUAAACUUCAAAAGAAAACUACAUAAAAGAACACAUAGUGUCAUCAAUAAUCCUCGAUGUUUAGCAGCUUCACAAAAUGUAUCAUAAAUUACACCUCCUAUUAUGCAGAAGCAAAUCAUCAAAAUUUAUCAUACCUUUUACAUGCAGAAGCAAAAGUCUAAGGUAAUAUUGUUCUGGUUCUCUAAAGCUCACAGUGAACAGUCUACCUAAUAGUUUAUUCCCACUCUUUUGGCAUUUUGUUCGCAAAGAAUUAUUAAACACAUAAUGUUGUGGAAUCUC